GGAGUGAUGAUAGAGCCAGCUGUAUGAAUGAAGCAAGCCUUCAUUCUGCCCGAGUUUGGUGUCAAAUCAAGUGCUGUGUCUGUCCCUAUAUCUGAACAAGAAAAAUCUGAUCUAGGAUCUCCAAGGCCAUCAUCAUCAACCAAAAUUGAAGAAGUGAAAGUCUCUGGGGAUAAGUCAGAUAAGGAACUGCAGGAAAAUGGAGAAUAUUUAAUUAGACCUUAUCUGGAACCUCUUGAAAAGAUAAGAUUUAGAUAUAACUGUGAACGAGUUGUUGGUCUUGACAAACAUAAUGGUAUAUUUCUGAUAGGGGAACUUUCUUUGUAUGUAAUAGAGAACUUUUAUACUGACAAUUCUGGCUGCAUUUUUGAGAAGAAAUGUGAGGAUGAACUCUCUGUUAUUGAUCAGGCUUUGGGUGUAAAGAAAGAUGUAACUUGUGAAGAUUUCCAGUCCAGGUCAACUUCAUUAUGGACAACAACAGCAAACACAUGGGUGGGAGGUAGGGCUCGGGCCUAUAAUGGUGGUACGUGGGGAAAGGAGAAAGUGCACACUGGUGGUAAUUUACCUCAUCCUUGGUGUAUGUGGAAGCUUGAUAGUGUUCAUGAGAUUUUGAAGCGUGAUUACCAGUUGCAUCCUGUUGCUGUUGAGAUAUUUAGUAUGGAUGGAUGUGAUGAUCUCCUCAUAUUUGACAAAAAGGAGAGGGAAGAAGUAUUCAAGAACCUGAUUGCCAUGAAUCUUCCAAGGAAGAGCAUGUUGAACAGAACCAUUUCAGGAUCAACAAAACAGGAAAGCAAUGAAGGCAGCCGCCUUUUUAAAAUUAUGGCUAAAUCCUUCUCCAAGAGGUGGCAAAAUGGAGAAAUUAGCAAUUUUCAGUAUCUCAUGCAUCUCAACACCUUGGCAGGACAUGGAUAUAGUGAUCUCACCCAAUAUCCAGUCUUUCCAUGGGUCCUGGCAGACUAUGAAACUGAAAAUCUGGAUUUGCCAAACCCAAAAAUUUUUUGCAAGCUUGACAAACCAAUGGAUUGUCAGAUGCCAGAAGGAAAAGAGGAAUUUAAGAAAAGGUAUGAGAGAUGGGAUGAUCUGGAGGUUCCAAAAUUUCAUUAUGGUUCACAUUAUUCAAGUGCUGGAAUUGUCCUCUUUUAUCUUCUUCGCUUGCUACCAUUCAGUGCAGAAAAUCAGAAGCUACAAGGUGGCCAGUUUGAUCAUGCUGAUCAUCUCUUUAAUAGUGUACAAGAUACAUGGUUAAGUGCUGCUGGGAAAGGUAACACAUCAGAUGUGAAAGAAUUGAUUCCCGAAUUCUACUACAUGCCCAAGUUUUUGGAAAACCGGUUCAAUCUUGAUUUGGGAGAGAAACAAUCAGGGGAAAAAGUCAGUCUAGGUUAAAAUUGCAACCUUGGAUUGUGGUUCAUGAAGUUUGAUUUGUUGCUCAGCCUGUGCCAACGCAGAUUCUCAAAUGGAUAUAGUUUUCUUUCUCUGUGAUGUCUCCUAAUAGUUAUUGUAAUAACAUUUUUCUUCCAGGUUUUUCUUUUUUUUUGAUCGGCUUUUUUUCGAGGUUGAUGAUGUUAUCUUACCUCUUUGGGCCAAAGGCAGUGCCAGGGAAUUCAUCCAAAAGCAUAAAGAAGCUCUUGUGUCUGAUAUUGUUUCAGAAAAUCUGCAUCAUUGGAUAGACCUUAUAUUUGGUUAUAAACAGCGAGGGAAGGU